CAUGUGUUCACAUUUCUCAGUCAACACUAAAUUUACGAGUUUUUAGUUAAAUAGCUAUUUAUUUAAUCAUUGAUUCAAUUAUAGUAUGCUUUAUAUCGAUAACCACUUGACGAGUAUUUCAUAUAACGUUAGUCUUUACGAUCACAACUACAUUGAAAGUUUGUUUUUGUGACCAAACUUUUAAAGUGAUUGAUUAUCUCAUAAUUUCCAUAUUGUGGUCAACAUUUGAAUUCGUUUGGGUAAUUGACUGAACCGGCCGUCGAAAUGAGCGAAGAGCUGAUCCAACAGUUCGUGUCCAUCGGGUUGAGUGAAUCCAAAGCCAAAGAGACGCUCAAGAAUGAUGUGUUAAGCAAAACACUGAACGAAUUGAUUGUCGAGACCAACAAACACGUGAAGACCGGCAAUGGUCUGAACAAAUCGAUCGGCAAACUUGUCUACCAAACGGCGACUACCAUUAAGUCCCAAAUCAGA